GAAUACUUUCAAAGUCUCUACAACUACAAUAAUGACGGUGAACAUUGAAAUCCAGACCAAUGCGGCAAACGAAUCAUUGCCGAUCAUUCAAAACAUCCCAACCGAAGUGGUUCGCGAGUUGGAUGGGGAAAAGCUUCUGGAUCGCACCACUUUUUUCACCGAAUUCUCGACGAACGCCUAUCUCGAGGAUUUUUACACUAAAGUCGACGACCCGGCGAUGCAGAUGGUCCUCACUUUUCUGCCAAACAUCGUCGCUCGCAUCGGCAAAGUAGACAAGAUGUUGGACUUCGGAGCCGGGCCGACUAUCCACGUGGCUGCAUGCUUCCGUGAAACGGCGAACGAGAUCCACCUGGCUGAUUAUUUGCCACAAAACCGCGACGAGUUAUACAGAUGGGUGAACAAUGAAAGCAAGUUUGACUGGACAAUCCCAUUGAGAAUGAUUUUAACGAGAGAAGGAAGAACCUGGGAUAAGCUGUCAACUGUGGAACCUGAAACUAGAGACAAGAUUGUUGAUAUUUACCACUGUGACGUUUUCCAAAACCCCUCUGUUGUUUGUCCAAAGGACAUCUAUGGACAGUUUGACGCAGUAGUUACCAUCUUCUGUGUCGAAUACUGUUGCAACACUCUCUCCGAGUACUAUAAUUCAAUCAAAAACACCGCUGGAGCAGUGAAGCCUGGCGGCUACCUCAUUUAUGGUGGAAUCUUUGAAGAGACAUGGUGCAGCUUUGGUGGUCGUAAAUUCACAUGUCUCUACAUAACCAAAGAAGUAAUGCUCGAUGCAUUGGCUAAAGCUGAUCUUUUCGUUGAGGAGAAUGACCGUGGAUGUGUUCUUUAUGAAAUCAAUGGAAUGUUCAUGGUUUCCGCAAAGAAACGUGCAGCAUAAACAAAACUCUCUACUGAUUAAAUGUCUAUACACCCCCCUUGUUUGUAGUUUAAUAAGUACUGUAUUCAUCUCAUAACAACCCCCUAUUCGCUUUUUCGUAUUUCAAGAAGGGAGAGUUUUUGAACUCUCUAACAAACACCUACAUGCACCAAAUCACCCCCUUCCUUUUUGAGUAUUUUAUUUGGAUUCUGUCUUUUUUUAUUGAUAUAGGUUUAAAUAUUUAUUUGGAUUUUCAAUGAAUAUUUUGUUCAAC